CGCGAGAACUGGCGGGAAGUUCAGACAUCGUCUCGAAGAAAAACCUCCCAAAUUUGAGAAAUCGGAAAAGAUGACUCACACCGAAACCCUAAAUAUUCUCGAUGAAAUCGAAUCGCUUGUCUCCGAUCAGCUUCAAGUGGUAUCUUACAAAUGGUUGAGUCGAAAUUUCUCGCUUUCAUCAAAUACUGCCAAGAGGUUGCUCAAGGAUUUUGUAGAGAAACAAGGGAAGGGUUUGGAAGUUGUAUAUAUUGUGUCUGGGUUGCUAAAGAACGGACCUUCGAAUUACCACGCAAGGCUUGCUUCUAGCACCGAACUUCCAGAAGUGGAGAAAGAGUUCAAUGGAAAAUAUUCAGUACAUAUCUACAGUGUUCAAGCUAGUAUUCCAAUGGAUCCAGCAGCCAUAUGGAACACUGAGUUUGUGCAAGCAGAAGAACUCUUCAGGCAGCAUUCAGCCAUUGAUAAUUGCUUGAAAGGCAACAGGUUUUGUGGCGUCUCCAAUUCUUGUGUAAAGCGCAAUAUAGAGGGAACCACUGGAAAUGUUACGGCCCCGCGAACUGAAAUUGUGAGAACUACAGGACGAUCUAAUAGUAGUUUAAAUUUUCAAAAGAGUACAUUGCCGUCAAACCAGGAAAAGAAUUUUCAGCACUCAAGCCAUAAUGUUGUCCAUCAGGCUAAGAGUGAAACUACUGCUGCUCCAGCUAAAAAUCAGUCUGCGAAAUCCUCUUUGGAUAAAGAAAAAGCUUUUCCUGUGCCCGCUAAUAAAAAGAAUGGACAGGGCGAAAAGAAGGUGACUGGAACUGGUGGUUUGUUGAAAAAUAUGUGGGGCCGUGUGCCUAUGAAAACAGAAGAUGAUACUCCAACAGUAGAGGUCAAAAAUUAUAUUACUGAUCAUUCGGAAGCCGAAAAACCUUCUCAUGAUACCGACAAUAAGGGAGGCAGCGAUGAUGAGACUCGAGAUGUCAAUUUCAUGAGAGCGCCUAAAAAUGAUAACAGAAAAAGGAAGGUGAUAUUUGAUUUUUCAGAUGACGAGUAUGAAGAUGUAAUCAGCUUAGCAUCUCCUAGUAGUCCAAAGGUUAAUUCACGUCCAGAUGUGGAACUCAGUUCCGAAGAUUCAGGUCCAGAGAAGCCUGAUGCAGAUCGAGAGAUAAAAUCUGAGGAACCAGAGGUCAGCAAAGAAGACAGGCAAAAAACUGCUUGUACUACUUUGUCAAUGGAGAAGAUCCAGGCCAUUGGUUCUGAAGCUAAAGUGAAUCCCUCAAAGGGAAGAACUACUGAAGUUCCUAGUUCACCGAAAAGGAAAAAGGUGUUGAAGUCACGGAUUGAUGAUCGUGGGAGAGAAGUAACUGAGGUAGUGUGGGAGGAGACAGAAACGCUUCCAAAGAAGAAAGAGGACACUGAUACAAGUAAGAAGUUAAAUGAUGGCAAAAGCGCAAAUGCUGUUAACAGGGCGGUUGUGCAGAAGAAGAGCCCAGCCAUGGGAAACACAGCAGCCACAAACGCAGGAGGAAAAGCAGGAAGCAAGAAAGGCGGAAACGCCAAAGAUCCAAAGCAAGGGAAUAUAAUGUCCUUCUUCAAGAAAGUUUAAAAAGGCUUUUUGUAUUUAUUGUUUGCUAUGUUUGAUUGAGGAUAUAUAUCAAAAUCAGAACAUAGAUUCAUCUGACUGUAUGUUUUGAUCCAUUGUUUCUAAAAAAACACUUUUGAGCCGUUUCUUGUUAAA